AUGAAUCCUGACAGCGUACGCCUACCUGUAGCAUUGGCUUACGGCCAACACUACUACCUUGCUCAGGUAGGUAUAGGUACUAUGAUCCGUGAUCAACCACAAACUUUCAAUGACUACUACUUAAUUAUGGAUACUGGUAGUGAUCUUACAUGGACUCAAUGUCAAGGCGGCACAUCUUAUUUCUAUCAAGAUGAGCCAAUUUUUCCUCAUCAAGAUUCGCGUACAUAUCGUCCACUUCCUUGUGAGGAUCAUCGGGGUUUGUGUGGCGAAGAAAAUUGCAAUGACCAAGGCUAUUGUACAUAUCGAGAGGUAUAUUUUAGCGGUCAAGUUACAUCUGGUGAUCUUGCUAUUGAAACAUUUACUACAAACUCAGAUGAUGAGGAUGCCUUUGAAAUUGUUGAUUUUCUCAUGGGUUGUGGUUUUGAACAAAGGAAUUGGGAAGGAUAUCUUGGUGUUCUUGAUAUUGGUGAUGGUCAUCAACUACCUAAAUCGCUGCCUCAACGUGGAACUGCUCCUGUAGCAGGAAUGCUCGGUUUAGGACAAGGAGGUAUCAUAUCUUUGGUACUUUAG